GAGUUUCAGGUUUACCCGAACUAAUGAUUGGGUUCGGGCCUAAAAAAAUUAUUGGGCUCGUGAUAUACCGAUCUAUCUUUCUUCAUGAAUCACCACCACAAGUGAAACCCCAAUCAGGAUCGAUUCUCUUCUUACAUACGAAUUCUCCGCAGUGGUUAAGUAUGGCUUCAACAACAUCAUCUUCAUUACAGAAUUCCAAUUCAAGAAUUGGGUUUUGCAGGUUUCCAACCCACAGAACGUCGUCGUUUUUGGGUUCUGGAGUUGGAACUCUGAAGGUUAGAGGAAUAAGGCUAGCUCGCCCGAGUACCACACGUUGUAACAGCAUCCGGUCGAAUCUUUUUGACCGUUUUGCACGAGUUGUCAAGUCAUACGCAAAUGCACUCAUUAGCACCUUUGAAGACCCAGAAAAGAUCUUAGAGCAAGCCGUUACUGAAAUGAAUGACGAUUUAGUAAAAAUGCGGCAAGCUACAGCCCAAGUUUUAGCGUCUCAAAAGCGGUUGGAGAACAAAUAUAAAACUGCUGAGCAAGCUUCUGAGGAUUGGUAUAAAAGAGCACAACUUGCUUUAAGUAAGGGAGAAGAGGAUCUUGCACGUGAAGCAUUAAAGCGACGUAAAUCUUAUGCUGACAAUGCCGCUUCUUUGAAGACUCAGCUUGAACAACAGAAGAGUGUUGUGGAUAAUCUUGUUAGCAAUACACGGCUUCUUGAAAGCAAGAUACAAGAGGCUAAGUCAAAGAAAGAUACUCUAAAAGCACGAGCACAAUCUGCAAAGACGGCAACAAAAGUAAGCGAAAUGCUGGGUAAUGUCAACACAAGCAGUGCGCUUUCAGCAUUUGAGAAGAUGGAGGAAAAAGUUAUGACGAUGGAGUCCCAAGCGGAAGCACUUAAUCAGCUAAGUACCGAUGAUCUUGACGGAAAGUUUGCAAUGCUGGAGGGCUCAUCCGUCGAUGAUGAUCUCGCAAGCUUGAAGAGAGAACUAUCUGGAACCACAAAGAAAGGAGAUUUGCCGCCGGGGAGAACAAGCUCAAAAGCAGCGUAUCCGUUUCCUGAUGUGGACAUUGAAAACGAGCUAAACGAGUUAAGGCAAAGAACCAGGGACCUAUAGAGAAAUUAAUAAUAUAAUCUUUGCACCAGAUGUAAAGAAUCAAAAAUAUUAGCUCAUCAUCAACUUAUUAGAGGAAGUUGAUAUUUUUUGUUUCUGAAAAAUGGUUAUGGAGUGAUUGUUUGUUUGUUUGUUUGUUCAUACUGUAUUAUACUACCAUCAAAGUUGCAAUGAACAUGCCUUUAGUUGUGCUUCA